CAAUAAUUUCUCUUUCUCUCUCUAUAAAUUUCAAAUUCGGUUAAAGCAGCAGCAGCAGCCAUGGAUAUAGAAAGUGAUAAGCUUCCAUUAACACCAGGUAAGAUCCAUCCAAGAAGCAACGAAGAAGCUUUCGCAAAGAUGAUGAAUCCAAAAUACAGACUCAGUCGUCGCCGGCAACAAGGAACUAGCGGUGGUAAAUGUUUCGUCUACGUUUUCCUUUUCAUCGUCCUUUUAGCCGCCGCCGCUUUAAUCUUCUCGAUCGCCGUUCUCCGCGUUGAACGUCCUCAUGUAAAACUCACAUCAAUCUCCGUCAGUCGUCUUAGCUAUAUCGCCGCCUCACCUGUUUAUACUUUCAACGCAUCUCUCUCCGUUCUUCUCGCAAUCGAUAACAACAAUUUCGGACGAUACAGAUUUGAGGAAAGUAGAGCGACGAUUAGUUAUGAUAACUGGACAAUUGGCGGAGGAAGGAUAUUUGGAGAUCGAGCUAGGGCUAGAGAAGUGGAUCGGUUUAAUAUAUCGAUGGAUGUGAAAUCUGUUGAUGGAUUAUCGAGUAAUCAGAAUUUUAGCAGUGAAUUGAAUUCUGGAACGGUGAAUUUGAAUAGUUAUGCUGAAUUGAAUGGACGAGUGAGGAUUAUGAAGAUUGUUAAUAAGUUGAAGAAGACGGUUAUGAACUGUACUAUGAGUCUUCAUUUACAAACUAGACAAGUUCAUAAUUUAAUCUGUUUUUGAAUUUUACUACCUAACCUAAAUAUAUAUAAUAUAAUCACUUUUACUCUUACUUCCAGUUUUUUUUACUACAGUGGUUACUGAAUAUAUAUUAUAUAAACAAAUGUUGAAUUCGUGUUUUGC